GGUGGCCCCGGGCCGCGUGGUCCAGCGGCAGAGGAGCCAUGGUUUCUAAGCUGAGCCAGCUGCAGACGGAGCUCCUGGCGGCCCUGCUCGAGUCGGGCCUGAGCAAGGAGGCGCUGAUCCAGGCCUUGGGGGAGCCGGGGCCCUACCUUCUGGCUGGGGAUGGCCCCCUGGACAAGGGGGAGUCCUGUGGCGGCGGCGCCGGCGGCGGCCGAGGGGAGCUGGCCGAGCUGCCCAAUGGGCUGGGGGAAACGAGGGGCUCCGAGGACGAGACGGACGACGAUGGGGAAGACUUCACGCCGCCCAUCCUCAAAGAGCUGGAGAACCUCAGCCCCGAGGAGGCGGCCCACCAGAAAGCCGUGGUGGAGACCCUGCUGCAGGAGGACCCGUGGCGCGUGGCGAAGAUGGUCAAGUCCUACCUGCAGCAGCACAACAUCCCCCAGCGGGAGGUGGUCGACACCACCGGCCUCAACCAGUCCCACCUGUCCCAGCACCUCAACAAGGGCACCCCCAUGAAGACGCAGAAGCGAGCCGCCCUGUACACUUGGUAUGUCCGCAAGCAGCGAGAGGUGGCCCAGCAGUUCACCCACGCAGGGCAAGGGGGGCUGAUUGAAGAGCCCACGGGCGAUGAGCUACCAACCAAGAAGGGGCGGAGAAACCGUUUCAAAUGGGGCCCAGCAUCCCAGCAGAUCCUGUUCCAGGCCUACGAGAGGCAGAAGAACCCCAGCAAGGAGGAGCGAGAGGCGUUGGUGGAAGAGUGCAAUCGGGCGGAGUGCAUCCAGAGGGGGGUGUCACCAUCGCAGGCACAAGGCCUGGGCUCCAACCUUGUCACGGAGGUGCGUGUCUACAACUGGUUUGCCAAUCGACGCAAGGAAGAAGCCUUUCGGCACAAGCUGGCCAUGGAUACAUACAGCGGGCCGCCACCGGGCCCAGGCCCGGGCCCUGCACUGCCCGCCCACAGCUCCCCUGGCCUGCCCCCAUCUGCCCUCUCCCCCAGUAAGGUCCACGGUGUGCGCUAUGGACAGCCUGCAACCAGUGAGGGGGCGGAAGUGCCCUCAAGCAGUGGUGGUCCCUUGGUGACAGUGUCUGCACCCCUGCACCAAGUGUCCCCCACAGGCCUGGAGCCCAGUCACAGCCUGCUGAGUACUGAAGCCAAGCUGGUCUCAGCAGCUGGGGGCCCUCUGCCCCCGGUCAGCACCCUGACAGCACUGCACAGCCUGGAGCAGACAUCCCCAGGCCUCAACCAGCAGCCCCAGAACCUCAUCAUGGCCUCGCUGCCUGGGGUCAUGGCCAUUGGGCCUGGUGAGCCUGCCUCCCUGGGCCCCACGUUCACCAACACAGGCACCUCCACCCUGGUCAUUGGCCUGGCCUCCACGCAGGCGCAGAGCGUGCCAGUCAUCAACAGCAUGGGUAGCAGCCUGACGACCCUGCAACCGGUCCAGUUCUCCCAGCCGCUGCACCCUUCCUACCAGCAGCCACUCAUGCCCCCUGUGCAGAGCCAUGUGGCCCAGAGCCCCUUCAUGGCCACCAUGGCCCAGCUGCAGAGCCCCCACGCCCUCUACAGCCACAAGCCGGAGGUGGCCCAGUACACCCACACGGGCCUGCUUCCGCAGACCAUGCUCAUCACUGACACCAGCAACCUGAGCGCCCUGGCCAGCCUCACGCCCACCAAGCAGGUCUUCACCUCAGACGCUGAGGCCUCCAGCGAGUCCGGGCUUCAUACGCCGGCGUCGCAGGCCACCACCAUCCACAUCCCCAGCCAGGACCCUGCUGGCAUCCAGCACCUGCAGCCUGCCCAUCGGCUCAGCACCAGCCCCACUGUGUCCUCCACCAGCCUGGUGUUGUACCAGAGCUCCGACUCCUCCAAUGGCCACAGCCACCUGCUGCCCUCCAACCACAGCGGCAUCGAGACCUUCAUCUCCACGCAGAUGGCCUCUUCCUCCCAGUAACCAUGGCAGCCGCCUCCCAGGGGCUGGGCCCUGGAGCCUGCUUGGGGGGUGACGAGGACAUUUGAGCCUGUGAAACUUUCGCUGCCACGGGGCUGCUGCCUUUCCCUGCAAAAUUGUGCCUCAGUCCCCUCCCUGUUCUGCCUGCGUCAGAAAGGGAGGGUUCUGGGGCGCUCCAACCUGAGGGCUGCUUCAGUUGCACAAGAGUGGACCGCUGAGAGCUGGGAAGCAGAGCUUGUUCCUGGCAGGACGUGGGAGGGACUGUCCCUGCUGCUCAGGUAAAUCCUGUCACUCGGAGCAGAAAGGGGCAGCCUUUGGACUCUGGUACCCCCAGCUGGGGCCUGUGGAGAGCCCUGGGACCCCGAAGGGAACUCUGGCAGCCACACCUCUCAGGACACAAGUUUGCGUAGCUGUGACUUGCUGAGCUCCGAGGGGCCCUAGAUCAACGUGAACCGUUCUGUCACCUAUGCCCCAACCAGGCCACUCCACCCUGCCCCCUUCAGCUACUCACCCACACGCCCAUUUACAAACCUACCCCGUCCCCACUCACUGAAGCAUCCCGAGUGGCUACUCUGUGCCAGGGCCUGGGCCUCCCAUGCCCAGGCCCUGGGAGAGCUCAGGCUGACAGAGAGGGCAUGCGGGGCUCUCCCAAUUUCCCUCCUCUUGAACCAUCCACUCUUCUCCGCCCCCCUGACCUCCAGUUUUCCGGACAUUUGUUUUCCCGAGCAUCAUGCCUUCUUACACCAGCCUGGCAUCUUGCCUCUACUGGA